UUUCAGAAGCUCUUGAAAAGGACAUCAAGUGUAAAGUGAACCGGCUCACUCUCAGACAGUACUGGAACCAUGAGCAGUAAUGGAACAGACCUAACCAUUGGUUUCAUCUCCUCUUCUGUAGCUGUCCUUUUGUUCGGCUCAAACUUUGUGCCACUUAAAAAAUACGAUACUGGUGAUGGAAUGUUUCUCCAGUGGGUGCUUUGUGCUGCCAUAUGGUUGAUUGCCCUGGUGGUCAAUCUGAUAUUACAUUGCCCUAAAUUUUGGCCUUUUGCAAUGGUUGGGGGCUGCAUUUGGGCAACAGGGAACAUUGCUGUUGUCCCAAUUAUCAAAACCAUUGGUUUAGGCCUUGGAAUCUUAAUCUGGGGAUCAUUUAAUACCUUAACUGGCUGGGCAAGCUCAAGGUUUGGCUGGUUUGGAAUGGAUGCAGAAGAAGUAUCAAAACCGGUGCUGAAUUAUGUUGGAGCUGGAUUAUCAGUAGUGAGUGCUUUCAUAUUUUUGUUCAUCAAAAGUGAAAUACCAAAUAACACGUGUUCUGUGGACACCACGCCAUUAAUGACGGAUCAUGUGAUCAACAACGCUCAAGAUUCCUGCCCUGAUUAUUCCUGGGUGGAUAAACUUUCCACAGUACAACAGCGCACAGUGGGCUGCAGUCUUGCAGUGAUAUCUGGAAUACUCUAUGGGUCUACAUUUGUGCCCAUCAUUUAUAUCAAGGACCACAGCAAAAGAAAUGACAGUAUAUAUGCAGGGGCAAGCCAGUAUGAUUUAGACUACGUUUUUGCACACUUCAGUGGCAUCUUUUUUACAAGCACAGUCUAUUUUCUGGCCUACUGUAUAACCAUGAAAAAUAACCUUAAGUUAUAUCCUGAAGCAGUCUUGCCAGGAUUCCUGUCAGGAGUACUUUGGGCAAUAGCCACCUGCUGUUGGUUCAUAGCUAAUCAUGCUCUCAGUGCUGUGGUCAGUUUUCCAAUAAUCACUGCUGGUCCAGGAUUUAUAGCUGCAAUGUGGGGUGUCUUCGUGUUUAAGGAAAUACAGGGUCUACAAAACUACCUAUUGAUGAUAUUUGCCUUUUUCAUCAUCUUGAGUGGAGCCUUAUGCACUGCUUUCUCUAAACUCUAA